GUUAAACAGCUGUCAAAAAGAUUGUCAACGUGUGAAGGCUACAUGGCAAUAAGUGCGGUUAUUUGAGUUUUCUUUUGAUUUUCUAGUAAUAAUUGAGUGAAAAAAUGUCCGGUCAAUGGGAAGUGGUUGGUAAAAAGAAGGAAAAAGGAAGCAAGGAUUUAAAUCAGAAAGUUGUGAAGCAAAUAAAUAAAACCAAACCGGAGAAUCACAAUGUAAAAGUCGAGGAUGUUUUGGCAAAAUCCCAAGUUAAGAACUUGUAUUCCAAUGGUAAAAAUAAAGAAAACAAACCAGUUGAAGUGAAAAAAGACGGGGGGUCCAAAAAAACGAAAAUUCAAGAGAAGACUCAGGAGGUGAAGCCAAAAGCUCCCAAAUCUAUUGAAAGUGCACUUAAUUUGAUCGAUGUCGAUGCAUUUAAAAAUGUGUUUGAAAAAAACAAAUCGCAAUUCCCCGACGCCCCCAUUGUGUGGUUGAAGGAACUCUCGUGGUUUUUGAAUCAGAAACUCAAUGUUGAAGUCCAUGAUCCAGUCUUCGCAACGAAGCCCGAAAAUUACCCAUUGAAAAUUGUGCCCUCAGGAAUUCUAUCUGUGAUUGAAAAAGUGACCCAAGUCGUGGAUAAAAACAACCUUCAGGUGUUUUUCGACAUCGCCUUAACAUCAAUGGCCACUGAUAUGAGUAAAAACUUGCCUGCGCUGGGUUACAAGUUGUUUUUGCAACACAUCGCCUUAAAAGACCCUAAAUUAGUCCGCGCCAAUUUGGGAAAAUACUGCGUUUUGCGAACGUCUUAUCAAAAUCGUCCAAAUAUCGGUUUAUCAAUUUUAUGGGCGGUGGGGCAAGCUGGGAUUAGGGAUUUCCAAACGGGAUUAGCUAUUUUCCAGGAUUUGAUGUUACCGUUGAUUGAACUGAAAAAUUAUUCACGAUUUAUUGUCCAAUAUUUGAUUAAGUUGAUUUCUGCCGUCGACGAAGCGGCGCUUAGCAAAGAACAGUUUGUUUCCAUUCUUGAUGUUGUAUUUUCAAACAGGAAAAACUUUCCCAAUGAUCUUAAACAAGACCUCUUAACAGUUGUACCAACUUUGAAAUCGUUUUUGUUUACAAAUAAGAAGGAAUCGAGUUGUGUUGAUUUUUAUUUAAAGAAAAUACCAACUGCUGGAAAUGAUUCGUUUAAAGACUGUUUGUGCGACGUUGUAGUUGAGGGAUUUAGCAGAGAUCAGAGCAGUUUGGAGCACUGGUCUAAAAUUUACAACAAGAACGUUGCCUCAAGUGCCAUUCUUCUUAAAUAUAUUGCUAAAAACUGGCAAACGCUUUCUCCUAAAAUAAACAAGAAAGUGUUGUCACAAACGUUGAAUCAAAUUCUCAUUGAAAGUAAAGAGUUGAGGACAAAGAAAAAGAAAGAAGAGGGAUUGAUUGAAGCCAUUCACAUUUCUGAGGAAUUAUUGGGGAAAAUGGCCAACAAGAAAGCUUCACGUUCGUGGUUUAGAUUCCUGUUUUACACAACGACUUUGUUGCUUGCAAUUUACAUUUAUGCUGACACCAAACAGGCCGGCAGUUGGCAAAAAUCCAACACGAGGAAAUUCUUGACUGAGACAGGCGUAUGUGACUACACCCAUAAAGUCGUGAGUAAAGUCCAAGACGGGUGGCUAGCAGUGGACAACCAAAUCAUGGAAAAUUUCCCCACUUAUCGCCAGGGGGUCAUUGAUUUCUCGCAACCCUACAUUGAGUUUCUGAGGAGUUUUGGCCAAAUCCUGUGCAACAUGUGCACAAACAUUAAAGAGAUUAUCAUUGAGAAAUAUCCAGUGGUAGUGAAAUCGAUUGACUCAUACGCUCCUGGUGUCGUGGAGCAGUCUCAAAACGCAGUCACUACGGCGUGGUCAAGCUCUGUGUUUUAUGUCAGCAGGAGCAUUGAUUAUUUGCGCACCGAGGUUUUUGUGGGCCAGUUAUCCCCCGCGAAUAUGCAAAGGGUGGUGUAUGAAGCCUUCAACACGACUCAAACCAAGGCGACUGAAUACUACCACUGGUUGUAUGAAAAGGUCCAAAAUACGAUCAAAUAAGGGCUGUGAGGGUGUCUGCGAACUAGGUUAUGGUUAUUUUUAUGUACUUUUUUAUCCCAUUAUAUUUAUUUUACAAAAACAUUCCUCAUACAGGAAUGAUUGUUACAGUGGUGUGUUGAUUGCAUCAGGAAAGAAAAAUUUGAGUGUAUUUUCGUAAAUGAGUUUAGAUAAAGUGUCAGGGUUUUCUUUUUUAACCACAGCAAUAACGUCGAGAACUUGUCUGAAAUUGACUCGUUAAAAAAUGGAUAAUUGAGUAAGCAGUUACCUUAUGUUACACGGUUCAUUCCGACCCUUAACCAAACAGUCGAUUUUCCACUUUUCUUUUUUGACGCUGUUUGUUACUAAAUUUUCUUUGGAAAUAAAGGAAUAUCCAGCA